AAAAACACUGUGUGCUUUCUGUGUUUAAUAAAAUACGAACAAAUAACAGACAAACUAACAUUAUGUUUCCAAUAUCGCAUCUUCCUCUCACGGACUACGCGCUUAGUGUUUCUCUUUAGGGCUCGGUUGCUGUUAUAUCGUGCUGCGCAGUCACUUUUACUUAUACAUACAUAAGUCAUCUGAAGUAUAGUGGUUUAAUGAAAAUAAAAAUAAAAAAAUACAAAUAAAUAAAACCGAGCAAGGAGAAAAACAGCUGAACAACAAAAAUUAUGAAAAACAUAUUUAUUAACUAAUAUACAAUAUUCGUCGCGAAAAAGAUGAACAGACUCCGUACAUGUGCCUAAAACUCAAAUCAUAUGAAAACUAAUGCGAACAAGUGAAGUUGCAGUCCUCGCCUAUUUAAAUGAUAUACACAUUUAUAUGAAAACAACCACAGGAUAUGGCGAGCAUAAUAUUAAUAGCUUGCCUCGCUAUCUUGGGUUUAAUCAUUGCGAUAGCCUUGUUUUUAGCCGGUGGAUAUCUGUGGUGGAGACAUAAACGAUCACAGCUCCAAUUUAUUGAGCCGAACGAAGAUGAAGAAUCCAGUAGUUAUAGCUUGAGAGCUACCCAGGAAAUAGCUGAUUCAGCAAAUCCACCUAGUAAGCCUCCAGUGCCGGUGCCGCAAGCUAUUACCACUCCUCUGCAAAACAACAUUAAUCGGAAACUAAAUGGUUUUUUGAAUCUAAGAACUCCUUUAAUUGGUCCCCUUUUUCUAAACAGCGGCUCCACAGCCACACCAGUUAAGUCAUCCAACACUUCCACACCUGGAGGUGCAAGCGAUGGUACCUCUAAAGAUGCUGCGAAUAAGAGCAUCUCCAUGACAGAUAUGUACCUCGAUAGCUCAGACCCAAGUGAAAAUGUGGGACAAAUCCAUUUCUCGUUGGAAUAUGACUUCCAAAACACAACAUUAAUUUUGAAGGUUCUUCAGGGCAAAGAGCUGCCCGCAAAGGAUUUAAGUGGUACUUCAGAUCCAUAUGUGCGAGUCACAUUGUUACCAGAUAAAAAGCAUCGCCUAGAAACUAAAAUAAAACGUAGAACGCUGAAUCCCCGAUGGAACGAAACAUUUUACUUUGAAGGUUUUCCAAUACAGAAACUACAGUCGCGAGUGCUUCACUUACACGUCUUUGAUUAUGAUCGAUUCUCCCGUGAUGACUCUAUUGGUGAAGUAUUUUUACCGCUAUGUCAAGUUGAUUUUGCUGGCAAACAAUCGUUUUGGAAGGCAUUGAAGCCACCAGCAAAGGACAAAUGCGGGGAACUGCUAUCUUCACUCUGCUAUCAUCCUUCAAACUCAGUGCUAACGUUGACAUUGAUAAAAGCGAGGAAUCUGAAGGCUAAGGACAUCAAUGGCAAGUCUGAUCCUUACGUAAAGGUGUGGCUUCAGUUCGGUGAUAAGCGGGUGGAGAAAAGAAAAACGCCUAUUUUUACGUGUACCUUAAAUCCUGUAUUCAAUGAAUCAUUUAGUUUCAAUGUACCAUGGGAAAAAAUACGCGAAUGUUCUUUAGACGUUAUGGUUAUGGAUUUUGAUAAUAUCGGGCGAAACGAAUUGAUAGGCAGAAUAUUACUAGCUGGUAAAAAUGGGUCAGGUGCUUCGGAAACUAAACAUUGGCAGGAUAUGAUUUCGAAGCCCCGACAAACUAUAGUACAGUGGCAUCGCUUAAAACCUGAAUAAAUAUAAGGGUGAAAAACAAUUAAAAUACAUUUUAACAUAUAACGUACAUAAUUGUAUAUUAAUAUAUACAAAUGCGAAAAAAUGAGAAUAUAAGUAUAUGUAUAGCCACCACUAUACAUAUAAUUAUAUUUCCAGUUAUUGAAAUGGGUUUAUACAAAUAACUUUAUUCAUUAUAUAACAAAUGCGGAAAUGGAAAAGAAAAAACAAUUUACCAGUAUUUAAUACAGGCUGCACACACACCUUGCACAUAUAAAGCAUAUUUGAGAGUAAGAAAUACAUAAAUAGGGACACAGACACAGCAAUAAUAUUUAGAACUGUGUAAAUUACGAUUUUUGCUAUCGUUUCAGCGCAUUGAAACAGCAACAAAAAACAAAAAAGGAGAAAAACCAAAAAACAAAAACAUAUACAAAACAAAAAACCAAAACGAUAACGAAAACAAAAACUAAAACUGUUAUGUAGC